UGACUUGCUGUGUCUAUAAAUAAUAAUAUUAUUCCCAAUAUGCUUGAUUUUAUCGACUACAUCACAUCAAAGUUAUCUAAAGUUAUGAAGUGAGUUGAUUACAGCUGGGAUUCUGUGCUUGGAAUUAUGGGAAUUAUGAUACUUUUCAGUAUAUUCAUGACAUCAUUGUACACAGUUAUUGCCUAUAUUGUUAUGGAGAGAUCGAUUCUUUACGUGAGCAUUCCGUCAUUUUUCGUGGCACUGAGCUGUAUUCCUUUGUACAACUACCAAUGGAAGAGGUAUAAAACAAUGAUGAUUAUUCAGCAUAAGGUCAGAGUAAAGUCUCCAACAAUUCACAAGAUCUUCUUUUUAGGUUCACUAGAUCCUUUAGUACUAAAAAUAAAAGGGUUUGGGAUAUUUCUCAUCAGCUCUUUCUUUAUUCUAUAUUUUUUUAUUCUCUUGAUACUGCUGCUUAUAUUUGGAGAUUUUGAAACUUCUGAUAUUAAUACACAAACAGCAAGAAAUGCUCCACCUCAGGCAAGAAACCUCGAGGCUGAUUCCAGAGCUGUCACCCAUUCAUACGUCAUUCCCUUUUUAUUAUCUUUUCUGUUGAUAAUAUACUGGAUUAAUAAAAUAAUAAUCUCUUUGACGUUCUGGAGUAUCGUUUUGUUUAUCCUCUUUGUUCUAUUUUGAUUUUAUUCUAUUGUCUAUGUUAUUUAUCGCAAAGAGAUCAAACAAAGAGCUGAAGAAUUAAGACAAAGAGCAAUUCAGAAUAGGUAUGCUGCUGAUUCAGAUAAUAAUUCUGAUAUUGGUCGAGAUGAGGAAAGUAAAGAUAGCUCACCCUCUAGUGACUCAAUUUCAUCGGCCUCUGAGUCCAGUAAUAUUAUCAGGCAAGUUAUUAGGUCGAUGAAGAAGACUUUUUCAAUGAAGAAAUCUAAGAAAAAGGAAGGACUAGGAUGCUCUAUUUGCUAUGAAAAUUUCAAAGAUAAAGAAACAAUUAUUCAACUGAAGUGAAACUCUAUGCAUAUUUUUCAUGAGCCUUGAUUUCACUCUUGGGCUAGGAGGAACGAUACUUGCCCUCUCUGUAGACAAUCCAUAGUUCCACAGUCGGAAAUCGCAUAAAA